AUGGAUGGGCAUCCCCUUGACCGUCUACGGAUUGCGGAGGGGUCGUCACGCUCUCACAAUGACAUCGACAUAGAAGCACAGCCUGGCUCAAUUUCGCAGGAUGCAGUCUCCCCGACAACUCGUAUCCCCCCUUCUGCAGAUGAUUUGACAUUUCCCGAAACGUUGCCCCCUGCCGCUCGAAGGAUCUCCCAGGACACGAUCAGGAAUCGCACGCGACGCUCGAACACAGCCCGCUCGUAUCAUCCGGACUCGGUGGCUCACGAUCCCAACUGGCAACCGGGGACAGAGCCUGGGAUUGAUCCGACCAAGCCACUUCCAGCGUAUAAUGCCGAUUGGAUGAGUAAUAUACCUUCUGACCUACACCGACGAUGCGAAAUUAUCGUUGUGGACUUCUCUCAGCACGAAAUGCGGCAGUAUGAGCUUGAUAACGACACAUUGGGCGCGUUCCUUGCCAGAGAGCGAGAGCCAUGGGUUCAGUGCAGGUGGAUCAACGUCAACGGUCUCAGCUGGGAUGUAAUCAGGGCUCUCGGAAACCAGAAAGGCUUGCAUAGGCUGGCAAUCGAGGAUUUGAUCAACACAACAAAUCGUACCAAAGUGGACUGGUACUCAGACCACGCAUACAUCGUGCUCACUCUGCAGAAGCUGAUAAAGCUUCACGUGGAAAGCAGCGAUUCGGAUGAUGAAUCCGAAAAGGGUCAAUCGCAAUGGAAAACUGAUAAGAGGAGUACGACUUCGAGUACCAAGGGUUCGGCUCCGAAGAAGCCCACCAGGCAUGGUCUUGUGCUGGCGGCUUUAAAAGACAUUAUCGGGCUAAGUUCCCAGAAGGAGAUGUUACGUGAGAGACGCGGCACUAGUGCUACCAUUCGCCCUUCAUCCGGUAAAUCCAAUUUAGCGGAGGCCGAUGAUAUUUCUCAGACCGAGAGCACGUUUCGGAGUAUUCAACGCUAUCGAGGGGGGCCGAAUGAGGACAGGAUUGCAUUCAUGGAACGCCAUGCAGUUCUGGCUCCCAAGGGAAUAGGCGUUACCCUUGAACAAGUGUCUAUAUUUUUGCAUGGAGACAACACUGUGACCUCCUUUUUUGAGACAAGCGCGGACGAUAUUGAGGCCCCUAUAGUCCGUCGCCUUAGUACUCCGGAGACAAUGCUGCGCCAGUCGUGCGAUGCCAGCAUGAUUGUACAGGCAAUUCUCGACGCGAUUAUCGAUCUCGCUAUCCCAGUGACCAUGGCAUAUCAAGACGCAAUUGGUGACCUGGAGCUGGAGGUUCUGACGGAUCCUGAUAUCGACCAAUCGAAGAGUCUGUACAUCCUGACCUCUGAAAUUGGAGUUCUGCGGGGCUCGAUGCAGCCAAUCGUGACGGUGAUCAAUGCCCUCCGAGACCAUAGGUCGGAUUUUGCCAGCACCCCAGGCCUUGGUGCAUUCAAAAAUCUGGGGCCAUCAACGCCUGGCGGAGCAGAUGCAGGGGGGUAUUUUGGAGCCGUGCCCAACUUGAAGAAUCUGAGCGGCACAAGUAUUUCUAUUUCUCCCCUGUGCCAUACGUACCUGGGAGAUGCGCUAGACCAUUGCAUUACGAUUGUUGAAGAAUACGACCAAAUGAGACGAGCCGCCGACAACAUGAUCGAUCUAAUUUUCAAUACUAUUGGAGCGUAUCAGAAUGAAAGCAUGAAGCAACUGACACUUGUGACUUGUUUCUAUCUCCCUUUGACUUUCCUAACGGGCUAUUUUGGCAUGAAUUUUGAGAGCUUCUUUGGAAUAAAGCAUAGCGAUGCGCGUGAUAAACUCAAGCGUUACAUCGUUUUACUUGCUCAGCGACGCCUUAUCACGAGUUCACGGAAGCAGAGGCGGAGGAAGAAGGCCACCAAAAGAUCAUGA